AAGCCUGUAAAUGUAUAUGUUUCCUUCCUUCUCAACUUUCCACUUCCCAUUUCCGCUGUUUCAAUUCCCGUCUGCGUAAUCGCCAUUUCCAUUCUCGUCCUCUUCACCAUCCCCACCUUCAACCUACCAGCCGUCUCUCAUUACCAAUUCACCAUGCGGUAGCAUUGUAAUUGUUCUUCGCCAUUUCUUCUUCUUCGUCAUCAUCGUGCACUGCCAAUAAACAAGUCCAACGAGUAAAGACCAUCCCCGUAGCCAGCUCGCUCCAGAUGCCUUCUCCACCCGAUUCCCCCACUUCGCCUCCAUCCCCGCCUCCCGUCUCCUCAGCCAACGAUAACUCCAACGCCGAGCGCCGCCUUCGCGAGGCGGAGGAGCGGCUCCGGGAGGCCAUCCAGGAGUUGCAGCGCCGUCAGCGGAAAGCCGCACGUGGGCUUGCCAAUUACCCUCCUUGUGAUCACCCGCCAGAUGAAUCCUGCGUCGCUCACGCCAUCGGUAAUCUCUGCCAGAGCUUUCUCCUCUCCUACGGCGUCCGUGUCGGAAUCGGCAUCUUGCUUCGCGCUUUCAAGCUCGCUAAGGGACAAUCGUACUCGUCCUUGCUCGAUCUAAAGCAACUAGUUUCAGAGAAGGAUCUGAUCGUCAGAGAAGAGGCAUGUCGUGUAGGUCUGCUCUUUGGUGGAUUCACGGGCUCUUAUCAUGCACUUAGGUGCUUGUUGAGGAAGUGCAGAAAGAAGGAGACCCCUUGGAACGCAAUUUUAGCAGGUUCUGCUGCGGGGUUGUCGGUUUUAGCAUUGGAUGAUCCCAACAGUAGGCGUACGCUUGCUCUUUAUCUUUUGGCUCGAUUAGCUCAGUGUGCUUAUAAUUCUGCUAAAUCCAAGAACAAGUUUCACCUUUGGGGUAGCCAUUGGAGACACGGAGACACAUUGCUCUUUUCCUUGGCGUGUGCGCAGGUUAUGUAUUCCUUUGUAAUGCAUCCUGAUAGUCUGCCAAAAGCAUAUCACGACUUCAUUCAAAAGACAGGGCCAGUUGCACAGCCAGUCUACAAGGCUGUAAGAGAAACUUGUAGAGGUGGUCCGGUGGACAUCGCUGCACUAUCUGCUUAUUUAUCUACAAAGGGAAAGCUGAACCCUCUGAAGUUGGGAGAAGCCCCUGCCAUCAUCCCUUGCUCUAUUAUUCAUCCGGGUACAGAUUCAUGUUUAAUUCAACACGGUAAUGCAGCAUCAGCUACAUUCAGGAAAACAUUUCCCCUCUACUUCUCACUGACUUUUGUACCCUACGUUGUGCUGCACUUGCAGAAGUUCAUGGAUGCGCCUGCACGGACAUGUUGGCUUGCUCUGAGGGAUGCUGUUCGGUCGACAACGUUCUUGUCUGCAUUUGUUGGAAUUUUUCAGAGUGUGAUAUGCCUGCAUCGAAAAGUUGCCGUCAGAGACCACAAGUUGUUGUACUGGGUGGCGGGUGGACUAUCGGCACUCUCUGUACUAUUUGAGAAAAAGUCUAGACGUGCAGAACUUGCACUGUAUGUCCUUCCUCGUUCUGGAGAUUCAUUGUGGUACAUCUUAGUUAACCGCCACCUACUUCCUAAGCUAAAGAAUGCUGAGGUAGCACUGUUUUGCGCUUGCAUGGGAGGAAUUAUGUAUUACUUAGAAUACGAGCCAGACACAAUGGCUCCCUUCCUAAGGGGUUUAAUCCGGCGCUUCCUUGCUAGCAGAAUCAGCAGUCCAAGCCCUUCACCUCAUCCCCGUACAUCAUCAUCGUACACAUAUUUGCAGGCUAUUGAUUCAACCAAGAAGUCGAAGUCCCAGGACGGCAAGGAAGUUGAAGCCUCUCAUAAAUACAAUCUUGAGUCUAUUCCAGGGCUCUGAAGCCAGCUGCACUCUGGUGUUUUUUCAACCACCAGAAAGUCUCUGGCGGCAAUCGGUUCAUUCUUUCUACAAUUCAACGAGUUAAAAAACCCAUUUUGUAAUGGAGGCAGAUUAGGAUUUCUGCUUCAACCACCCAUUUCACUUUCAUCCAGAUACUGUUUUAACCCUUUUCCCCCGGCUAAAAAUUAUUCUCCAAUCCUCACAAUAACAGAUUUUCAUUUGAUGAAGAGAAACUGGAAAAGACACUACCGCAAUAAUGGGCAGGCAGGUUAAGGAUAAACCGUGUCGAGGUUGUAUUGAAAAAGUCAAAAUUACGAUUUAAUCGUGGUUAACCUUUUCAUAUUACUAAAAACUAUAUUAAUUUUGGGCAAGACGCUCUUCAGGUUGGAUUGUGUUACGGUUUUUGUAUGUAAAUAUUUCUCUAUGGGGUUGAAAUUUGAAGAGUUAUCAAAAGAGCUUUUAUGAACUCA